AUGUGGGCAAUUAGAAAAAUCAUUUCAUGCUUCAGACAAAAGAAGGAUAUAUUCCUCAAGCAAGUUGAGGAUACGAAUCCACAAAAUAUAGAAAAUAAUGAUAAAUAUGCAUAUUCUACAAAUAGCAGUACAAUUGAUGAAGAGACCAAUAACAACAAUUGUGGAUUUAACGAAACUUUUGGCGAGCCAGAUGCCAACCAAGUUUCUAUAGAAGGCGCUAAGAAUGAAUAUGAUUUACUUCGUCGGGAAUUAAGUAAUAGAAGCCAUAAAGCUUCAUUAUCUCAAGCUGAAAAAGGCGAAUCAAAUUCCGAGGAUUUCAAUCUUGAUGAAUUUUUACAUGGAAUUUCAAAAGAAAAAGAUGCUAAUGGGCAUAAGCGUAAGCACCUCGGUGUAUCCUGGAAAAAUUUACAUGUUGAGGGUCUAGGUGCUGAUGCUUACACAAUUCCUACAGUUGUUAGUCAUAUAACAUCACUAUUACAGUUCUGGAAAUUUUUCAAAGGGAAUAAAGCCAGCAAAAAAGUCAUUAUCGAUAAUCUUACUGGCUGUUGUAGAGAUGGUGAGAUGCUUCUUGUCUUAGGUCGACCAGGCGCUGGUUGUACUUCAUUCCUUAAAGUGAUAUCGAAUAUGAGAGAUUCAUAUACUUAUAUUGGUGGUGAUGUUAAUUAUGGUGGUAUCGACCCUAAAACAUUUGCAGAACGAUAUCGUGGUCAAGUUUGUUAUAAUGAAGAAGAAGAUCAACAUUAUCCAACUUUAACUACAAAGCAAACACUUCAAUUUGCUCUUCGUACCAAAACUCCUGGAAAUCGUUUUCAAGGUGAAACAAAGGGUGAAUUCGUUGACCGUAUUUUGUAUUUACUAGGUAACAUGCUUGGUCUCACUAAACAAAUGAAUACCAUGGUUGGUAAUGCCGCUGUUCGUGGCCUUUCUGGUGGUGAAAGAAAACGUCUUUCAAUUGCAGAACAAAUGACUACUCGUAGCGCAAUUAAUUGUUGGGAUUGUUCUACUCGUGGUCUUGAUGCUGCCUCAGCCCUUGAUUACGUACGAUCUUUGAGAAUCAUGACAGACAUUUUUGAUAUGACUACAAUUGCAACUCUUUAUCAAGCAUCUAAUAAUAUUUUCAAUUUAUUCGAUAAAGUACUUGUUUUAGAUGAAGGCCAUUGUAUCUAUUUUGGCCCUACUAAGGAUGCCAGACAAUAUUUUGAAGAUCUUGGUUUCCAUUGCCCACCUCGUAAAUCUCUUCCUGACUUUUUAACAGGUCUCUGUAAUCCUUUAGAACGUGAAUUCAAACCCGGAUUUGAGGAAUCUGCUCCUAAACAUUCAGUCGAAUUUCAAGAGAGAUAUUAUCAGUCUGAUAUGUACAAAUAUAUGUUGCAAGAUCUUCAAGAUUAUGAAAAUACAAUUGCUGAAGAAAAUAAGGCUGCUGUCUUUGAAGAAGCCGUUCGUGAAGAGCACCAAAAGCAUGCUCCUAAGAAGACACCCUAUAUUGCCUCAUUCUUUCAACAAGUGAAGGCGCUUACGAUUCGUGAACAUCAUUUACUUAUUAAAGAUAGACAAGCUAUUAUCUCUCGUUAUGGUACUAUGCUUAUUCAAGGUUUAAUUACUGCCUCUUGUUUUUAUAUGCUUCCUUUAAAUGGUCAAGGCGCUUUCUCUCGUGGUGGUGCUAUUUACUUUUCUGCCAUGUUUAAUACCUUUAUCUCUCAAUCUGAACUUGUUCGUUUCUUGACUGGUCGUCCUAUUCUUGAAAAACAUAAACAAUUUGCUUUAUAUAGACCUGCGGCUUAUUAUAUUGCUCAGGUUGCUAUGGAUAUCCCUUAUAGUAUCGCUCAAGUAAUGUUGUACAGUAUUUGUUCUUACUUUAUGAUGGGCUUGAACCUGACUGCUGGAAAAUUCUUUACAUCCUUUAUUGUGCUCUUUUUCUUGACUAUGUGUAUGACAGGUUUCUUCCGUCUCUUUGGUGCUCUCUCAUCUAAUUUCUUCUUGGCUACUCAAAUUACUGGUAUUUUACUCAUUGCAACCACAACUUAUACUGGUUAUACCAUUCCUUAUCAGAAGAUGCAUCCAUGGCUAUCAUGGAUUUAUUAUAUCAAUCCUAUUACCUAUUCUUAUAAAGCAUUAGUUUCAAAUGAAAUGGAUGGUCAAAUUUAUUCUUGUGAAGGACCUGGUAACGCAGUCCCUUAUGGCCCCGGAUACGAUGACUGGAAUUAUAAAGUAUGUACUAUGCAAGGCGGUACCCCCGGAGAAUCUUUCGUCAGAGGUGAUAGCUAUCUUCAAGCAGCAUUUUCAUAUAAUGCCAAAGAUCUUUGGGCACCUGAUUUUGUUGUAGUUGUUGCCUUCUUCAUCUUCUUUACUAUCCUUACUGCUUUAGCUAUGGAAUAUGUCAAGUUAAAGAAAACAGCCACUCUUACUAAGCUUUAUUUACCUGGCAAGGCACCUAAGGCUCGUACGAUUGAAGAAGAAGACGAAAGACGUCGUAAACAAGCUAAGAUCACUCAGGACAUGGAUAAGAUAUCAACCGGAACUACAUUCUCCUGGCAACAUGUUAACUAUACUGUCCCCAUUAAGGGAGGUUCUAUACAACUGCUGAAUGAUAUUAACGGUAUUGUCAAGCCUGGCCACUUGACUGCUCUCAUGGGUUCCUCUGGUGCUGGUAAAACCACUCUCUUGGAUGUCCUUGCUCGUAGAAAGACAAUUGGUAAAGUAGAAGGUAGUAUCUAUCUUAAUGGCGAAGCUCUUAUGAAUGACUUUGAACGUAUCACUGGCUAUUGUGAACAAAUGGAUAUUCAUCAACCUGCUGUCACUGUACGUGAAGCUCUUCGAUUCUCUGCCUAUCUUCGUCAGCCUUCUGAGGUCUCUAAAAAGGAAAAAGAUGAAUACGUCGAACAAAUUAUUCAGCUCUUGGAAAUGGAGGACAUUGGUAAUGCCCAGAUCGGUGAAAUAGAAAGCGGUUAUGGUAUCUCUAUUGAAGAACGUAAGCGUCUUACUAUCGGUAUGGAGCUUGUUGGUAAACCCAAACUUCUCUUUUUAGAUGAACCUACAUCCGGUCUUGAUGCACAAAGCUCAUAUAAUAUUAUUCGCUUUAUUCGUAAAUUGGCAGAUGCAGGAUGGCCUGUUCUUUGUACCAUUCAUCAGCCUUCCUCUAUCCUAUUUGAACAUUUUGAUCAUCUUUUACUCCUCGUUCGUGGUGGUCGCACUGCCUACUAUGGUGAAAUCGGUAAGGACUCUCGUACAAUGAUUGACUAUUUUGAAUCUCAUGGUGGACCCAAAUGUAAACCUGAUGCUAAUCCUGCUGAAUACAUCCUUGAGGUUGUUGGUGCCGGUACUGUUGGUAAAGCUUCAAGGGACUGGGCAGAGGUAUGGAAAGAGUCGGAUGAAGCGAGGGCCCUUGAUGCAGAACUUGAUGAAAUUAAUAGAACCGCUGAUCAAAACCCUACCCGUAAGGCUUAUACUUAUUCCACCUCUUAUGUUACCCAAUUCCGCCUAGUAUUUAGUCGUAUGUCCCUUGCCUAUUGGCGUUCAACUGAAUAUAAUAUUGGUCGUUUCUUAAACCUGAUGUUUACAUCCCUUAUUACUGGGUUUACCUUUUGGAAAUUAGGCAAUUCUUCCUCUGAUAUGAUGUAUAAAAUUUUUGCCUUGUUUGGUACCUUUAUCAUGUGCUUCACUCUAAUUAUCUUGGCUCAACCCAAGUUCAUGACAGAACGUAUCUAUUUUAGACGCGAAUAUGCCUCACGUUAUUAUAGCUGGCUCCCUUGGGGUGUUGCCGCUAUUUUAGUUGAGAUUCCUUACAUUAUCUUUUUCUCUGCUACUUUUAUGUUUGGCUUCUAUUGGACGGCUGGUAUGCAAAAUACAUCUGCUGCUUGUGGUUACUUUUAUAUCACCUUUGUUGUUCUUGUCUGUUGGGCUGUUACUUUAGGUUUUGUUAUCGCAGCUGUAGCUGAACUGCCUACCAUGGCUGCCCUCAUCAAUCCAUCCGUUCUUUCUAUUCUUAUCCUAUUCUGUGGUUUGAUGCAGACACCUAAGGCGAUGCCCAAAUUUUGGAGUUCCUGGGUUUACUGGCUUGAUCCUUUCCAUUACUACAUUGAAGGUUUGACUGUAAAUGAACUUGAAAACAUGAAGAUCGUAUGUAAAGAAGAAGACCUCCUACGUUUCUCUCCACCACCUGGUCAAACUUGUGGGGAAUAUACAGCUGAUUUCUUUGCUAAUGGUGCCUUUGGUUACAUUGCUAAUCCUGAUGCUGUUCAACCUGAACAAUGCGGCUAUUGUACAUACAAAUCGGGUCCAGAGUUUUAUGAAGGCAAUAUGAAUUGGAGUGCAGCUAACAAAUGGCGUAAUUUUGGUAUCCUUUUUGCUUUCUUUAUCUUUAACAUCAUUGUAUUUCUUAUACUUGUUUACUUGAAGAGAAAGCCAAGACGAUAG